GGACGGUGGAACGCUGAGGGGAAAAAAGGAAAGUAGGAACAGAAGAAGGGAAAACUCUCAUGGUGGGUACGGUUCGAAGUGGGAGCUGAAAUUGUUAAUAACCGGAUCAACGACAUUUCCUGACCACAGACUUCACCUGAUAAGCAGCGACGGGACAUCUGCGAGCUCAGUCGAUGAAAUGUAUAUGGAAAGUUAGCCGUAGUCGACGUCUGCUGGAGAGGUCUUUGGCCGUUGUUUUGCUGUUAACCUUACACCGCUGAUGAAGAUUGUCUCGGAGACCACUCUGCUUGCGCCGAGCUAGCGCUGACGGGAGAGUUGUGAACCAAAGUCAAGGCAAUUUUGUAGCCGAUUUUGUUGCCAAGUUUGUAUCUUUUGGAUUCCUGCUACCCUGAAAGAAACUUUGUUUCCAGUGACAUAUCGCUGUCGAUGCUACAGUGCCGUGGAACGUGAACAUGGUGGCUGGAAGUUGGUGGAAAAUGUUUAACUCAACGCAGUAUAAGCAUUUGCCACUUAGGAAUAGACUGUUCGCUAAAUAACAACGAAUUGGUGACUUUAUUUCCAUUUGCAGUGCAUAUUGCAGAGCAACGGAUUCAGCUAGCCUAACCAAGGCUUGCCUAAACUAAGCUCCUAACUUACCAGGAGACCCCUUUUCAGCCUUUUAUGGACAACUGCUUGCAAGUUACAUUUCGACUUGGCCGCAGGACAAGUUUUUCAUAGCCCUGUAAAUCACGAUUCACCUUUGAUUUUAGUUAGCCUUACAGAGCACGGGAAGACAAUUAGGCUAUCUUAAGCGCAGCUCAAGAAAUCAAAUGUAGCUUCAUUGGACUGCCGUGCGUUCCUGUUAUAACAUUCACUUGGUUAUGGUUACUCCACGAUGAAUGUUAAGUAACGUGUUGAAACAAACCAUCGAUAAUCUACAUCAGAUUUCCAAUUUGUGGAUUUGAGGAGAGCGACCAAGGCACCGCGCGAUUAGAACUGGAUACAAAAUGGCGGCCUCCCUGGGUCAGAUCGGAUCUGUUUCAUAUUAUCUGUUUUAUUUAAUGUUGUCCCUGGAACUGUUACUAAAAUGCGGAUUGUGCGAAGAUGUACUAUGUGCAACCAACUGUACAUGCACCGGGAAUUCUGUGGACUGUAGUAACUUGGAUUUGACUGAUAUUCCCCAUGACCUGCCAGGAGGGACUAUUUCCAUAAACCUGAGCAACAACAAGCUGACAGCAGUCAAUACGGACAUCCUCUCCAGCCUCCCAAACCUACAAGAAGUACGGCUGGAUUACAACCAGUUGACCAGCAUCCCUUCGUUUGGCGAGGCUUCCUCCCGGAUCGUCACGCUCUACCUGCAGCACAACAAGAUCGGCAGCAUUGAUGGCCGCAAGCUGGCGGAGCUGACGUCUCUGCAGACACUGGACCUGAGCAACAAUGACAUCACCGAGCUGAGGACACACUGCUUCCCCGCCGGCCCGCAGAUCAAAGAUCUAUACUUGAGCAGCAACAAGAUCGUGCACCUGGAGACGGGUGCGUUUGACCAGCUCUCUGGCAGCCUGCAGAUCCUGCGCCUCAGCCGGAACCGCCUCAUGCGCAUCCCCGUCAAGGCCUUCCAGCUGCCCAACCUCACACAGCUUGAGCUGAGCAGGAAUCGUCUGCGUCAGAUCGAGGGCCUGACGUUCCAGGGCCUGUCCCGCCUGGAGGUGCUGAAGCUGCAGAGGAACAACAUCAGCAACCUCACCGACGGAGCCUUCUGGGGCCUCUCCAAGAUGAGGGUGCUCCAUCUGGAGUUCAACAGCCUGAAGGAGGUGAACAGCGGCUCGCUGUACGGCCUGACCUCCCUGCAGCAGCUCUACCUGUCCAACAACUCCAUCGCCCUCGUCAACCCCGACGGCUGGAGGUUCUGCCAGAAGCUCAGAGAGCUGAAUCUGUCCUACAACAACCUGAGCCGCCUGGACGAGGGCAGCCUGGCCGUGCUGGGGGACCUGCACACGCUCCGUCUGGGACACAACUCAAUCAGCCACAUCAACGAGGGAGCCUUCAAGGGCCUCAAGGCCCUGCGCAACCUGGAGCUGGACCACAAUGACAUCUCGGGCACCAUAGAGGACACCAAUGGGGCCUUCACUGGACUGGACGGCCUCCACAAGCUGACUCUGUUUGGAAACAAGAUCAAGUCGGUGGCCAAGAAAGCCUUCUCAGGCCUCAAGGCUCUGCAGCACCUGAACUUGGGUGACAACGCCAUCCGCUCCAUCCAAGAGGAGGCCUUCUCCAUGAUGACCAACCUGCAGACGCUGCAUAUCCAGAGUGACAGUUUCCUGUGUGACUGCCAGCUGCAGUGGCUGCCGGCGUGGCUGUCGGGCCGCGGUCUGACGGGGGCCGUGUCCGCCACCUGUGCCCACCCCGAGAGCCUCAAGGGCACCAGCGUCUUCCAGGCGCCCGCCGACAGCUUCGUGUGUGACGACCUGCCUAGCCCCAAGAUCAUGGUGAAUCCGGUGAGCACGGUGUCGGUGCUGGGUCAGGACGUGCGUCUCAGCUGCACCGCCGCCAGCAGCAGCAGCUCCCAGAUGACCUUCGCCUGGCGCAAGGACCAGGAGCCGCUACGCCACGCCGAGAUGGAGAACUACGCCCACAUGCGCGGCCCCAACGCCCCCGCCGUCAAUGCUAACGCUAACGCCCAGCCUGCCCCCGCCGCCUCGUCUGCCACUGAUGAUGAUGAUGAUGAUGAUGAUGAUGGCACCGCCUCCCCUGUUGCUUCGUCAUCAUCACCCUCGGUGGCCUCAGUGCUGGCGCAGGGCAACGUGAUGGAGUACACCACCGUGCUGCACCUGCGCCACGUCACCUUCGCCCACGAGGGACGCUACCAGUGUGUCAUCACCAACCACUUUGGCUCCUCCUACUCCCAGAAGGCCAAGCUCACCGUCAACGUGCUGCCCUCGUUCACCAAGACUCCCCAGGACCUGACGGUGCGCGUGGGCGCGACGGCGCGGCUGGAGUGCGCGGCCGAGGGCCACCCGCUGCCCCAGAUGGCCUGGCAGAAGGACGGUGGCACGGACUUCCCCGCCGCCCGCGAGCGCCGCAUGCACCUCAUGCCCAACGACGACGUCUUCUUCAUCACCGAGGUCAAGCCCGAGGACGCCGGCGUGUACAGCUGCACCGCGCGCAACUCGGCCGGCGCCGCCUCCGCCAACGCCACGCUCACCGUACUGGAGACGCCCCACCUGGCCCAGGACAUGGAGGACCGCAGCGUGGUGGUGGGUGACACGGUGGCUCUGCAGUGCAAGGCGCUGGGCUCGCCGCCGCCGCGCAUCACCUGGAUCCGGGGCGAGGAGGCGCUGCGGCCCGGCGAGCGCCACCACUUCACGCCCGGCAACCAGCUGCUGGUGAUCCGGCAGGCGGUGCCCGAGGACGCCGGCCGCUACACCUGCCUGAUGUCCAACCCGCUGGGCACGGAGCGCGCCCACUGCCAGCUGAGCGUGCGGCCCCAGGCCCAGGGGCUCUGUCCCAUCUCCUCCUCGCUGCCCGCCGGCACCAUCGCCGCAGGGAUCAUUGUCAUCGCCGUGGUGACCAGCGUGGUGGCCACCUCGCUGGUGUGGGUGUGCAUCAUCUACCAGACCAGGAAGAGGAGCGAGGAGUGCAGCGUCACCAACACAGAUGAGACCAUUGUUCCUCCGGAUGUGCCCAGCUACCUGUCCUCCCAGGGCACGCUGUCCGAGAGGCAGGACGGCUCCAUCAGAGUGGACAGCAGCAGUGGAGGCUCCCAGCCCAACGGACACAUAGACAGCAAUGGCUUCGACCACCCGGUGUGCUCCGACUGCCUGGAGAACUACUCCAAGCCUCCAGACUACCUGCUGCAGAGCCCCACCACCACCACCCCCGCUACCCAGCAGCAGCAGUACCCCGAGUACACCCAGCAGCAGCCACCGCAGCAGCAGCAGCAGCAGCAGCAGCAGCCCAACCACCACCCCGCCGGCUACAUCAGCGUGCCCAUGGGCAACCCCACCCCCCCAGGGCCUCCACUCCCACACAACAACCACACCACCACCACCACCACCACGGUGCCAGGGACAGGGACAGUACCAGUGCCCGUCACCGUGGUGACGAUACCGGCUAACCCCACGCCGGUCACCGUUCUACCCACGGCUGUGCCGCACUGCAACGGCACGCCCAACGGUACGCCCAACGGUCUUCGGCAUCAUGCGGACAUGCAGGCCUUCCCCAGCAACCACGACAGGGUGGCGUCCGCCAAGAAGCACGCAGAGAGCAAAGAGCCCAGCAUCACGAGGACGGGCACAGAGGACUUCCUGCGGCCGGUCAAGCUCUCCCCCUUGACCUCGGUGGACAUCGAGCGCCACCACGAGACGUCAGACUCGCUAACACAGACUCUGCUGUCCAACGGACACGGCCCCCGAGCCAUCCUCCAGAACGAGAGCAGCUCUCUAAGACGAGCCAGCGACUAGCAUACAACCACCCCUGAUCCCCCCCCCCCUUUCACAGAACAGAGAGAGAGAGGGAGAGAGGGAGAGAGAUAAAGAAUGGACAAAAACUCUUUGGACUCUCGAUGACGGCACUGCUGAUGCCUUCUCUCUUUUCUUUUUGUGGAUUUUGGGGUUUUUUUUGCACUGAGAGCUGCUACCUCGGCCUGAUGGAGGAAGAGGAGGAGGAGGAGGAAGAGGUGGGGCAGAGCUCAUCCAGUUUCUCUAAACUGAGGAAGAGGAGGAGGAGGAGGAAGGUGUGUUAGGGUUUGAAGGUUCUGUAUAAAAAGAAGACAAUCCGCACACUUCAGGUCUAUUUUUGUGCAAAGGGACCGAAAGCUUGCAAGUCAAGUAAAGUUUCUUUGCACAAAAAUAGACCUGAAGUCUACGGAUUGUCUUCUGUUUAUACAGAAAUUUCUACUGAAUCCUGCACCUUCUAAACAGAUGAGCGGUGGCCUAUCACAACUUAAGGGUUUGAAGGUUAAAAAAAAAAGCUUGCUUGUGGUGGGACAGUGUCCCAUCGCGAGCGUUGUAGCUGUACAUAGUCUUAAAUCUUCCCAAGGGAGUGUCCGUUUCAUAAAGUGAUGACAGAAAAUAAAGAGACAAAAAAGUGACUUGCAUUUGAAGCAUGCAAAUGUAGUGAAAUACUUGUACAGUAUAAAAAAAAGAGACAGAGUGAUUAUAACAUUGGACAAUGGACUGUACAUAAGAGGUUUCUUAUAAAUAUAUAUUAUAUAUUAUAUCUAACUUUUACAAAGAGUAUUUGGAUUUAUUCUGUGCAUGGUAAAGAGCUGAGUGAUAGUAUUUUUUUGUUUGUUUUUUUCUUUUUUUUCUUUUCCAGUUAACAAGCCUUUACGGCGUUUUGUGUUUUUUUCCCUCUUUCUCUCCGUUUACUGUGGUGCCUUAAAUCAGUGGUUCCCAACCUAUGGGUCGGGAUCCAACCUAUGGGUCGCCAAAGAUCCACAAUGGGUCGCAAAGCCCUCUUGAUGUUGAGGGGUUUAAUUUUGAUACCAUAUAUCGCCCAUGUUGAAUAAAUGACAAAGCAUUUAAACUAAUAUAUGCAUAGAAGCAACAAAAUGUAAGUGCUACAUUUAACAGUUCUCUAUUUGACCGAAGACAAAUUGUGGAAUAAAAUGAUAACUAAAAUGAGUUUUCGCAGGAAACAGUGUCAUGUGACUCCUUCUUGUGCGGGCGCUCGCGCAGUUGGGUCACCAAAGCUUACAAUGGUAAAAAUAUGGGUCCCUGAAGAAAAAGGUUGGGAACCACUGCCUUAAAUGAUGCAUGAACAAAGCAACCAAGAGUCCACCAAUUGCUGCAAUAGAGAUUUGAAUGUUUUUUGCUAAACGUACUUCCAUGUACACCUUUUAGCAGUUUUUUUAUUUUAUUUUUCAUACCAUACCAUACCAUACCGUAACAUGCAUACACACACAUGCAGUUGCAUUGCCGUGAAGUUCUUUGACCUGACAAUAUGCUGUCUGUCUGUCUUGUCUGUUUGUCGGGUCUGUGGCCUUAAGUCAUUUCGUUUGGGUGACGACGAGACAAAGAGUUUUGAUGCUAUUUGAUUGGGCUUUUGAGGAAAAUGCAGACACUGGCACGUUGUCGCAACCCAACAAUGAAAUCAUGUUUAAGUGACUUAUGCACUUUUGCCAUAUGAUUUAUUAAUACACUACAGUUUUUGUGAACAUGCAGAUUUUGAUUGUAUCCUCUCAUAGGAAUGUAUGGAUUUCUAACAGCUUUGCCAAGGUGUGCGCACACACACACACACACACGCACAUACAUGCACGCACAUACAUGCUUGCACACACACACACACGCAUACGCACACGCGCAUAUGCACACGCGCAUACGCACACGCGCACACUCACACGCACACACACACAUGCACAUACAGCAUCACAUGUUGUGUCUCAAGUAAUCAAAACUAAUAAGGAACUCAAACAAAUGAAUCAAGACUCUUUCAUUUGACUACGCUCAUGACCACAUCACCAGGCUGCUGUCUCUCCUCUCCUCACCCCAUCCCGACACCUGUGGUACUUCAGUAGUGUGGGCUUUCCAGACGUGAAUGUGUACCUCCUCCAAAAAAAACACUAGAGUUUGUCUUUGUUUUCCUGAUUUUUUUGUUUUUGUUUCGUUUGUUUCUUUGUUGACAUGACGCCUGGUUCUUGCAGAAGCAUACUGUUGCCAAACUCCAAAAGGGAUAACGCUGAGGACCUCUCAUCUCUGACCUGUGAGUGACAGGAGGCUACCUAGAGAUGUCGCAUGAGCUCACUGCUGUCUCGGGGGGAGCCCAACACACUAGUCCAGGGUUUCCUUUUGACACACACACACACCCACACCUACACCCAUGCUGAAAGCUGAAAUGUUCACUCCGUCACUUUACACAGAGUGUAGCCUUGUGAACUAAACAGAUCCGCCAAGCGUCAGAAACAAUUUUGGUCUAGUGCUGCACCAUUGGAGGUCAGACACAAAAGGACGUUUAACCUAUUUUCCCCCUAUUUGAAUCAUUAGGACUGGUUAGUCACUGUUUCUUUGGUUGGUCAUACAUAGGUUUCCCGAUUACAAACAUUUGCGCGUUGUGGAGGGAAAAGAUGCUAAUCAGCCAACCACCUGAGCUCAUUCUUUGAGUGACGGCAGUUUCCAACAAUCAGAGGUUGAAGAGUGCGCAGCCAGGGGUCUUUGCAAAUGGGAAACCCGUGUAUAUCUUGCAGAGGCAGUUUGGCCCCACCCACAGCCCUCAGCUGUCUGCACUGUGCAGUGUCAGACUAAGCUUUUUGUGUCACUGCUGCCACGCUCGACAGGCCUCACAGAGCGUUGAUGUUGAAUCGACGGAGAGUCCCUUAGCUGUCGUUUCUAUACAAAGCGAAUUACAGAUAUUAUUUUUUAUUCAGGGUACUGGUUACAGUCCCUGGAGCAAUGUGGGAUUAGAUGCCAUGCUCAAAGGCACUUCAGUUAUGGAUCGAGGUGUGGGGAGAGGUAAAGGUGGGAUUCGAACCUACAACCCCCAGAUUGAAAGACCACCUCAAGAUCACCGGGGCGUUGGGGGUUGAUUUGUGUUAAUCGAUAAUCAACGCCGAUUCAAUGUCUCUUUUUGCGAUCAGGGCCUACAGAAGUGAACGAUGUAGUGAACAUUUCAGACACAGCAACACACUCAACACACACACUGAGGAAAUGGCCAGUAAACACUACACCUUUACUCCAGCUUUCUUAACACUUUGUUUCAACACUACAUUAAAAAAGUCUAUUCGGUUUCUGCAACGUUCUUUUCUUUCAUGAUGCACAUCCUAAUGCCCAUCGACGAAGAACGGCCAGCAAAAAGACUCUAUUCUGUGUAAAGGAAACAAAAAAUCUCAGCGUUAACCUGAAAGAUUUCUUUCUACCAAACCAAGUAGAGCUGAUCAGCCUGUGCUUUGUUUGAAAGGACAUUUUGAUGGGGAUUGUGGGCUUUUUUUUUUUUUAUAAGAAAAAAAUGUGCUCAGAUUAAUUUAUUGAAAUGAACACUCAAACUGUUGUACAUUGACAAAAGCUAAGACGUUGAAGUGUCUAACAUGGCAGGUGUCUAUUAAAGUCACAUUUUGCUAUUUUA